AUGUCUUUGUUAGACCUUUCCUGUCCCCUCGCUUGGCCUUCGACGAGCACUAGCACUGACUACCCACUGCGGCAGAGGACGGGCGAAUCCCCUAGGGAGACAGUACGCCGCCUAUACUGGGAAACACUCUGGCUUCCCGAGGAACUUGUCGCUUUGCAGUCUGUAGUGCCCGCACUGCGCCGUUUGCCUGGGGGAGUGUUAGUGGAUCAUUUGGGAGAGGUGUUCUUGCCUUUGGACGGGAUUGAGAGGAAGUAUAGGGUUGGGAUGCCUUUUCUUCUCAGCGCUCAGACUGGGGCUGGGGCUGGGGGGGAGGCGGAGGCGGAGGCGCAUGAACUAGGACAAGGGGAGGGGGAGGGGGAGGAGGUGCGCAUGAUGAGGUUCGUUUACAAGUUGAGGGAGCGGGCGGGGGUGGGCGGGGGUGGUGUGCACGAGGGAGGCGGAGAGGGGGACGGGGAGGAGUUGGAGGAGGACAGGGAGAGGGAUAAGAGAGAAUGGUUUGACCAGCUUGAGAGACGCGAAGUACAGCUCCAACUCCUUCUCCGCUUAUUACAAGUCACCCUCCCCCCCGCACGUUCUCCCAGGAAACGUAAGCGCCCCUCCCCCUCUCACGCGCACGCACGCACCCCCGUAGAGGAAAUCGACAUCCUCUCCGACAGACUAGCGAUCUGGCAUGCCCUAGGCUCCGUCCUCCGUCCCCCUCCCGGACCCGGGAGUACCCAGGCAGAGGCAGGGGAAAGGGAAAGGGACUGGGUGACAGCGUGGGCCGAAGAUGUGCUUGGACCGUUGUUUGACGGCACGGGGGCGGAGGGGCUCGUCAGGGGGUUUAGGGAGAAACUGGAUCCUACGAUCUCUCCUCCCAGCUCGCCGGUGUCUUCCUCUGGGGAGGUCGUGCUUCCCCUACCAGUACCGGGAGCGCUCGAUCCUGACACUGCGGCCUCGAGGAGUGGUUCCUUUACCUCGGUCAACCUCGGAGCAGGAGGGGCAGGAGUAGGAGUAGGAACAGGCACAGCAGCAGCAGCAGCAGCAGGGUACAGACGAAGCAUGUCCGUCUCGAGCACCCAGUCUUCCCGGAGCGUCAUCAGUGUGAGCGGAACGCGGACAGGGGUGAACAAUAGCAAGAACUGGGCGGGGAAGGAGGUGAGGAUGGGUAGGCGGGCUAUUGGGGGUGCGAGACCUAGGCAGGCGAGCUUGCCCCCUGCUCCCCCGCCCCCGCAGCCUGCGAGACCGUUCAGACGCGCGGAAUCCCAGAUGCUGGUCAUGUCCACUCCUGUGAAGAAACCGAUACCCAGACCAGAACCAUCCAGCGCUGACGAAGUGAUGGAGACGCCGCAAAAGGGAGUCUAA